CUGUGGCGCAGUCAGUCGACAGUUAGCAGCAUCGCGUAGUGGACGUUUAAAUUCGCGAUCGCACACAAAAGAACUUGCAAAAAGUUAACCGCAAUCGUUGGGAACCGUGACUGCGAAUUUUGCAACCACGCAGUGCACCCCCAAGUUCCACUCGAUCGCGAAUCGAGUUGGUCGAUUGGUGGCAAGAAGAAAUACUCAUUCCUCUCUUGUGGAAGUGAAUGUCGCCUCGCGAUCAACAGCCACACCAUGACGCGAUCGAUCUUCGUCGUCGUGGCUGUCGUUAUCCUGCUGAAGGGUGAUUGUGCACUUGCACGAGUCUACAAGAGGUGCGAGUUGGCACGUGAGCUGGCGCUUAAGCAGGUGCCGGAAGAUCAAAUCGGUGAUUGGCUUUGUAUUGCCGAGCAUGGAUCGCGGUUCAACAGUUCGGCCGUCAAUCUCAAGUACAAACGGUUCGGUGGAUCUGCGUACUAUGGGAUCUUCCAGAUCAGUGAUCUUUAUGGUUGUCUAAAGAGUAGCUCGAUAUGUGGAUUGACUUGUGCCGAUUUGAAGGACGAUGAAGUGGAAGAUGACAUCGAUUGUAUGAGGAGAAUCUACGGCGAAUACAGUCGAGAGAUUGGGGAUGGAUUUGCUGCGUGGCCGGUGCAUAAGACUCAUUGUCGAAAUCCGGCAAGUUACGUGCCAUUCAAACAGUGCUUGAAUGACGAGGUCAUGCGGUUUCAGGCCUAUUACAAGAAAAAGAAAGCGAAGGCGAAGAAGGUGGAUUUUGAACCAAAAGCCGAAGUGAGUAAGGUUUACGAACGAUGUGAACUAGCGGUUGAGCUGCGUGAUAAGUAUCAAAUGCCGACAGAUCAGGUUCCAACGUGGGUUUGCAUAGCGUACCACGAGAGCCGCUUCAAUACCUCUGCAGAAGGUCGGUUGAAUGCGGAUGGAAGCGGUGAUCAUGGCCUGUUCCAAAUCAGCGAUAUCUACUGGUGCUCUACGACUAGUUCUCCGGGGAAGGCAUGUGGUGUGACUUGCGAAGAUAUGCGCAACAGUGACAUAAGUGACGACAUCCGUUGCAUUAAAACGAUUUUCGACGAACAUCGUAGAAUCUCCGGAAACGGGUUCAACGCCUGGUCGGUCUUCAAACCUUACUGCCAAGGUAGAGAGGACAGUUUUGUGCACAACUGCUUCAACACAACGAAACCAACACCUGCGAUCCUUCCACGGCCAGCCAUAACGGCUCCAACUCCACCGAAGACCAAGUCUUCGAUUACCACCAUCGGAAAGGUCUAUGAUCGUUGUGAGUUAGCGAAUGAUCUUCUGCACAAGUUCAAAUUCCCCAAAGAUCAAGUGGCAACUUGGGUGUGCAUUGCAUACCACGAGAGUAGCUUCAACACAUCGGCGGAAGGUCGUUUGAAUGCCGAUGGUAGUGGUGAUCAUGGGUUGUUUCAAAUCAGUGACAUCUACUGGUGCUCGCCUCCGGGAAAUGGUUGGGCCUGUGGGGUGAGCUGUGAUGAUAUGAAAGACAACGACAUAACCGAUGAUGUGCAGUGCAUUCGUAAGAUUUAUGAUGAACAUCAGAGGCUUUCAGGAGACGGCUUCAACGCUUGGUCAGUCUACAAACCGUACUGUCAGGGGAAAUCGGAAAGCUACUCUAAGGGUUGCUUUGGAUCGGAUGAUGAUCGUGUGGUGACGGUUGCAUUGCUCACUGCUCCUACUCGUAUUCCUUCGAGGAAGACUGGAGCUACACGUGGCAAGGUAUACACUCGGUGUGAACUUGCACGAGAAUUGUACUACAAGCAUCAGUUCUCGAUCGACGACUCGGCCAUCUGGACUUGUAUCGCUCAGUACCAAUCGAACUUCAAUACCUCUGCCGUGGGCUAUGCGGGUGGAGACGUACAGUACCAUGGAAUGUUUCAACUCAGUGACGAGUAUUGGUGUUCGCCGCCAGGACGCGGAUGGGUUUGUGGACUGCCAUGUUCGGAUCUGGAAGAUGAUGACAUAACCGAUGAUCUUGCCUGUAUGAAUCAUAUUUACGAAGAACAUCAGCGGAUAUCUGGUGAUGGAUUCAACGCGUGGACUGUGUAUCAACCGUACUGUAAAGGCAAAGCGGAUAGCAUGAUCAGAGGAUGCUUAGAUGAGGGAGAGAAUGCGAUCGUUCCUACUACGACGGCUCGUGUUCCGCACAGGAAGGAAAAUGUUGGUGUUGGAAAGAUCUAUGAACGUUGUGAACUAGCCAGAGAGUUGUAUUUUGUCCAUAACCUGCCAUACGAACAGAUUGCUACAUGGGUUUGCAUAGCCCAUCGCGAGUCAAAUUAUAACGUUUCUGCGAUCGGUAGAUUGAACGCCGAUGGAAGCGGAGAUCAUGGAUUGUUCCAAAUUAGUGACAUAUAUUGGUGUUCACCUCCUGGGAAAGGCUGGGUCUGCGGAUUGACAUGCUCAGAUCUUGAGGACAAUGAUCUGAGCGACGAUGUGGAGUGUAUGAAGAAAAUUUUUGAAGAACACACAAAACUUGCGGGUGAUGGAUUCACUGCUUGGGCUGUGUACAGGCCUUACUGCCAGGGAAGAUCAGAUCAUUACAUCAAGGGGUGCUUUGAAGAACCAACAACGACAACUACAGUUCCGACAACUACCACAACCACGACCCGUAGGACUUCAACAACUUCGAAACGAUCAACCUAUUCGUGGAUCACGCCAACCACCACCAAAACUACAUCUGCCUCAACAAGUAACAAUUUUUGGACUACAACCACCAAAAGAUCAACACUGCCUACGACGACAACGACUCGUUCAACUACCCUUCGCCCUUCGAUUGGAUCAAUCAAGUCGACAACCAGCCUCUACGACUUCUACCUUAACCAUUUCGGCCGUCCGAACACUACCCCUGCGUCAUUCGCUGCCUUCACCAGCAGAUCUACCAAUUCUCCGAAAACUGCCAUACCAACGAUUGCUGCCCGUCCCACAUCGUGGAAAAAUGCAUAUGAUCGCUUCACGACGCGGUCCACUGUCACCAUUGCACCAUCUGCCAGUACCACCAAGUAUUCACGUUUUGAUCAACUGUUUGAUAACUUUAGGCAUGGUUAAACAAAUAAAUAAACUUUUCUCAUAAACAACAAUGAUUUGUUUC